GAGCCCUCGGGCAGGCAAGCAUCUAGUGUCAUGUCAAGACUCAAACUGAGACAAACAAAGCCGAUAGACUUCUCUUACUCCGACUAAAGACGCGAAUUUUCCUUCAUUUCUGUUUCAAUACCUAUGGACUAUAUUUCCGAUUUUCAAUACUCUACUCCAUAUUCACUGUAAAGCCAUGUUCUCCGUGGCUGGGAGUUGUAGUUCUUAACAAAUGCUACGUUUGAUAGCAACUCAUAAGGUUCGUUAUAAUUCCAUUCUCUGAUUCUCUUUCCCCCCUUUUGUAUUCAAUUAUAAGGGGUUAGUUUAAAAUCGCCAAAUAAAUAAUGCAGAGGGUCACUUCGAAGAAGUGCUUAGCUCUCUGCAGGAAUUGCCCUUUGCCCUAUUUCUCAAUUCAUGAGCCAUCGAAAAAGAUUCAUCUUUAUUCCACAUUUUCCGAUCUGGGUUCGCCCCGGAGCUCUGUAAAGUCCCAUUCUUUGAGUGAAACAAGAAGAGGGCAUGAUCUAAUCCGCCUUAAUAUUGAACCGGAAAGCUUCAGGGAUUGUAAGGGGCGUGAUGAAUUUUCCGCUGAUGUUGAAAAGGUAUAUAGAAUAUUAAGGAAAUUUCAUUCUAGAGUUCCAAAGUUGGAACUUGCUUUGAAAGAAUCAGGUGUUGAGGUGAGGUCAGGCUUGACCGAAAGAGUGUUGAAUCGCUGUGGCGAUGCUGGAAAUUUAGGGUAUCGAUUUUUUGUGUGGGCUUCCAAACAGCCCGGUUAUAGACAUAGUUAUGAUGUGUAUAAGGCAAUGGUCAAGAGUUUAGGUAAAAUGAGACAAUUUGGAACUGUUUGGGCUCUAAUUGAGGAGAUGAGGAAUGAGAAUCCUCAGAUGUUAACGGCCGAGGUUUUCAUUGUUUUGAUGAGGAGAUUUGCUUCAGUAAAAAUGGUGAAGAAAGCCAUUGAAGUGUUGGAUGAGAUGCCAAAGUAUGGGUGUGAACCCGAUGAGUAUGUUUUUGGUUGUUUGUUGGAUGCUUUGUGCAAGAAUGGGAGUGUCAAAGAAGCCGCGUUGCUUUUUGAGGAUAUGAAGCUGAGGUUUACGCCUACCAUAAAGCAUUUUACUUCACUUUUGUAUGGUUGGUGCAAGGAAGGGAAACUAAUGGAGGCAAAAUUUGUGUUGGUGAAAAUGAAGGAAGCUGGUAUUGAGCCUGACAUUGUGGUUUACAACAAUUUGCUCCAUGGGUAUGCUGUUGCUGAAAAAAUGAUAGAUGCAUUCGAUCUUUUGGACGAGAUGAAAAUGAAGGGUUGUGGACCUAAUGCGACAUCGUUCACCAUUGUGAUUCAGGCCCUUUGUGGCAGGGAAAAAUUGGACGAAGCAUUGCAGGUCUUCUGGGAUAUGGAGAGGACGGGUUGUGAGGCUGAUGUUGUGACAUAUACUACCUUGAUUAGUGGAUUUUGCAAAUGGGGCAAGAUCGAUAAGGGUUAUGAUCUCUUGGAUCAUAUGAUACAGAAAGGUCACAUCCCUGCUCAGGCUACUUACUUGCCCAUUAUGCUAGCCCAUGAAAAGAAGGAAGAACUGGAGGAGUGUGUGGAACUUGUGGAGGAGAUGCAAAAGAUUGGAUUGGUUCCUGAUCUCAGUAUUUAUAAUACAUUAAUUAGACUGGCGUUGAAGUUGGGGGAGACUAAGGAGUGUAAUAAAUUCUGGAACAAGAUUGAAGCAAGUGGCGUUAGCCCUGGUGUUGACACUUUUGUCAUUAUGAUAAAUGGCUUGGUUGAGUUGGGAUUUUUAGAUGAAGCUUGUGAUUACUUCAAAGAUAUGAUCUUGAGAGGUCUGUUGUCUGCUCCUCAAUAUGGUACUCUGAAGGAUCUUUUAAAUGCUGUACUCAGAGCAGAUAAACUCGAAUUAGGUAAAGAUGUGUGGGGUUGCAUUAUGUCUAAAGGAUGCGAGCUUAAUGUAUACGCAUGGACAAUUUGGAUUCAUGCACUCUUCUCGAGAGGGCAUGUAAAGGAAGCAUGCUCAUACUGUUUGGAUAUGUUGGAUGCUGGUGUAAUGCCACAGCCUGACACCUUUGCAAAGCUGAUGCGCGGCUUAAAGAAAUUGUAUAAUAGACACCUUGCUGUAGAAAUCACGGAGAAGGUUCGGCAAAUGGCUGCUGAAAGGCAGGUGACUUUCAAGAUGUAUAAGCGCCGUGGUGAGAGGGACUUGAAGGAGAAGGCUAAGGCGAAAAUUGAUGGAAGGAAAAGAAGAGCCCGUCGGCGUCGAUGGGGCAAGACACGCAAAGAAGCAGGAAUAUAGAGAUACAUGUGAUUUCACUCUGUAAAAUCCAAUUUGAGCACCAUGGCGGAUUCUUGGUAGAAUGUUGAGUCCUUCGGUGGAUGAGAUCUCUGAGCUUAGUGGUGGAAGAUGUAGAAUGCUUUGGAGAAGGAAUAAAGGUCCUGCAGCUUUGGUCAGUUUAAUGUCUCAUGGUGAACACAUGAAUGGAAAAAAUUUUAGAGGACGCGGCUAUUGUAGAAGGUUGUCAUGACUUCUUUGUUUGAAGCUGCAAACCAUAGGUAUCAUGUCUUUUGAGCUUUCCUAUAUUCGUACUCACUUGUUUUUCGGUUGUUCCUGUGAGUCCUGUAAACUGCUUCUAUUUUCGAUAGUCUCCUAUGACUUGUCAUGGUUUUAUAGCUGUAAGAAAGGCAGCAAACUUCAUUACUGAAGUGGUCAUCUCCAAUUCCUGAUUAUUUUUUGAGAUAUUUUUUGAUAGUAUUACUGUUACCUUUUAAGUUUGCUGUUCGUCAUACUAUGAUCCUUCCUUUAACAGUUUUUCACAUCAAACUUAAGGGCACUCCCCCGGGGAGGGGGUGUUUGAAUGAAGAUUUGAACAGUAAUCAAAUCUGAUAUUUGAGUCUGCAUUUUGCUGUAAAGUUGCACAUUCACAGGAGAGAGCUAGCAUGUUAUCUAGUAAAGGAGAACAUGUAUUUAUGAAACGAAAACAAAUAUUACACGAGAUUGCUUUAAAUAACCAUGGCUUUGCUAUGUUUAUUGCUUUUAGAUACUACUAUUUCCUUUAUUUUGGCUUACAGAAAUGGUACUUCUUUGUUCCUUCCUGGCUUUUAUUUGAUGAGAUAUUAAAUUGUCUGCUAAUGUCUUGGUCUUGAGCUUGUGGAUGUUCUCCACAAGCAGGCGUUUGUUCUUGAAUUCAUUUCCUUUGACCUUCAAGUACAUAUCAUGAUACGUAUGCCGAUCAAUUUUGUUGCAAUCCCGGUAUCUUUGUAAAAGAUGCCGUAAUGUCCUUGUCCUUCUCAUCCAUAGUACUUUUGUAGGUAGCCGUGCUUCCCUUGUUCCCUUCCUCUUUCCAUAACCUGAAUGCCUACCCUUCCUUUUUGCCUCCAUGACAUCUCUAGCUCUUGAUCUUGAAUGGAUUACUCCGGGUCUUUUUAUUAUCAAUCCAUCUUUUACGAGCAUUCUUAUAAACAUUCCUGCAGAAAAGAGAAACCUGUUAAUGCAACAUGAUUUAUCAAGAAAUUCAUAGUACAGAAAGCACUCUUUUCACUUCAAUAUGGGCUGUCAUCUUCAAAAACUUGUAAAAGGUAUCACAAUCUUUGGUUGUUCCUUCUCGCGUUUCUUUCUCCUCUCCCUUUUUGGUGCAUCAUGUUUGAUUUGAUCUUCUUCAACCAUAAUUGCAUAUUCAGUCACUGUAACAUUAUUCUGCACUAGAUCUGGAAUCUGAAAUGUUUUCUCUAGUGUACUAAUGUCUUUGGCCAGCUGAGACAUUUGGGUUUGUCUGCUGAAACUAGCAUUUGUGCUAGUUUGACAAGACUUUGAUUGCUUUUCUAAACUUUUUACCAGUUCUUCCAACGAUAUCUCUGGCUCUAGUGGUGGAGCUAAAAGCAUUCAAGUUGAAACACAGCAAAAUACGAGAAUUGCAAAAUCAAAGCAAAGCAUAGCACAAAUCCUGCCACAAAAAAAAAAAUAUUCCGUGCCAAUACCAACGAUAAAUGCUUUUGCAAACUUCAAAGCUAGAUGCCACGGUUAACGUUGGUCGAUUAAAUGUAAGGCAUUAGUCAUUAUAUGGUAAAGCUCUUGUGCAGUUGAAACUUGAAUAAUGGACUAAAUAUUUGAAAGAGAUACACAUUUCUUAGAAGGCCUCAGGGAAUGAUUUUCAUCUAAUUUAAUAAAAAACUCAGACGAUGUAGGCAAAUACUUCAAAACACAUCAUCGGCCUUCUCAGCAAGAGCAGUGCUGCAAGAAAUGGUGAACCAACAAUAUGAUAAAUAUAUAACUGUUGGAACAAAGUUUUGUUUUCAUAAAGACUUGAAUGCAUGUCAAAGGAAGUAUAAAAUUUUAUUUUGCAUACUCGAGUUUGCCAUGGAAAUAUCGUCGGUCUCGCCGGGGUCAAGCCAGACUUUUCCUUUUCCACAUUUCAGGAUGCUGGCCGCUAGCCUCUUCUGCAGCCUCAGUGACACCAUGGUUGUCUCCUGCUAUUAUCUCCUCAAGUUUUUCCGACCUCACAAAAUUUGAACCUUAGCCGCUUCUUCUGAUCUUUCAAAGCUUUCAACUUUAGCUUCGCCUGUUAGAAUGGUUUGUAAAUCACUUUUGUUCCCCUUAUAUAGAUGUCCAAGCCUGUCAAUGUCAUUACUCAGGCAUUGGAUUUUUGUUUUCUUGGAAGCCAAGUAUGUCUUAUCUUUGUGCUGGUUUGACUCUGUGUUAUUUCAAGACUCGAAGUGUGAAACUUUUUUAGCUGUUCUUUUCCUUGGCAGCCAAGUUCUGGAAAUGAUUGGGGCCAUUCAUGCUCAUAGCGAGUCUUCAAAACUGGAGGCGCUGUCCUAUCUUUGCAAAUGGAAUGGCUUUUGCAAUCAACUGGAGGCCUGUUUCUGUAGAACUUUGGGCCUUUUGGCAUCUACAAGGAUUGGUGGACAAUUGUAACCACUGAAGAAGAUACAAAGGUCUGGCCCGUCUGGGUAAAUCUAUUGUGUGUCUCUCCUUGGAGUAUGGGAAUGACAAGAAGUUACACAUUUUUUUAGUGUGUGUGUGUGUGUGUUUUUUUUAAUUGAGAAUGUAAAGUAGGUGUGAUGGUGUAUUGAGGAGAUUAGAAUGUACAAAACAG